AUGGACGUCAAACGAGCUACCAACGAUGUCGGCGACAAGAGCGGCGAUGGUGCUGAAUAUGAUGCCUCUGCCGAUGAUUUCGUGCCAUCGCCGCGCGAAGCGUUUCAUACCCAGCCAGAUCUUUGCAAGGAGCUGCUGCGCAAAGUCAAGUCGUCGGUCCCGCUAGCAAUCCGUUCCUCUACGAUCAGCAUGGGUUCGGGCCUCUUUGUGGACAAGGACGUCGAGGACGGCUGCGAGAUAUACCGCUCUGUCCCUCUGAUCAGCUGCAUCAACGGCAGUGAAGAGGAGUUUUGCCACUCCUGUCUCAACAGCCCCAAGAUGGAGAAGGGAGCUGCUGAGACUGGACCUCUCAAGCGCUGCCAGGGUUGCAAAGUUGCCAUGUUCUGCUCAAAGGCCAUCGAGGCUCUCGAAACUCACUUCAAUGAGUACUCUAAGCUCGGUUCCGAAAUUCGGGUCUGCUCGCUGAGGAAGAUCAACGCUGGUGAGGAAAUCACUGCAUGCUACGUCGACCCGACGAUUGAUGUCUCGAGGCGCCGGGCUCUCUUGAAGCACGAACAUUUCUUUGACUGCUUUUGCACCCGUUGCGAGGACGAGAAUAAGGAGCAUAAAGCCGUCCUUAAGGGCAAUGGAACUCUGAAGACGCUCCACCAAGCCCAGACUGACAUGCUGAAUCUCAUGUCAAGCGCCACCAAAGCGUCCAAAUACCCCGGGCUCUUCCCGGAAUUUGAGAAUGUAGAAAAUGUAGAGACGCAGCUGCGCACUAUCGCGCGUCGACCCUUUCCCGUCUCUCACUGGCCUGACCAUAUCGAGCCCCUGCCCUUGGCGCGACUGGGAAUUGCCGGGCUGUAUCUCGGACAGGGAAAGCCAGUUCCUGCCUUGACAAUUGGCCUCCGGGGCAAGCUCAUGAGUCGCCGUCGGUGCGGGCCUGACUGGGUCAACGAGAUGGACGAGAUCUUUGGUCUCCUGGUUGCGGUCGCAGCUCUCCCGGCAAACCACCGAGUAUGGGAGGACAAGUCGUUCCCGCCAGCCGGAGAUAUCCGAAACCUCGCCUAUGGUUAUCUAUACGCAGCAUCCAAGGAGGCUACUAAGGCUUUCGGCAAAGACUGCAAAUACACGCGGGUCAUGUGCGAUUUGGUCGCAGGUCUUGCCGCAGAAAUGCCCGAUCCUAAGCCUAGUACCAAGGAAUUGGAGGAGGCGAGCAAGGCAGCGCAAGCCAGACUGAUGAACUGGGCUGGGAUUCCUAGUGUUUACGGUGUCGACCUUUCUCACUAG